CUUCAACUCUGCAGCAAGGAAGCUCCCUCACUUCAUCUUCCCUUUAUAACUUUAUCCUCCCUUAUUUCAUUUCUGGCAGCUCUGCUUUUCUUUCCUUUCUUUUUUUUCACUUCUACUUCACCCACAAUCCACAUUUCCCUUCUGCCCCUUGCCACCGUCGCGAACCACUGGUGACUUGUGUGGCGUCUUUCCACCGAGUCCUGACGCUGCGCAUCGGGUUAUCUUCAGAAGUGAAAGGAAGGAAAUAAAGUAUUGGGACUGGAAUUGGGAUAAUAUCUAAGGCGUUGCUUUGCUCUCGUCACUUCCUGUUCCCCAACAUCCAGAUCUUUACACGCUUCAACCCGUCGCUCUGAAACCCAUCUCCGACCAUCUCCAUAUCACUUCAUCCAGCACCAGAUCCUUCUUACCUCAUCCGCUUCUCUCGUUACCCAACCCGGGCCUUAUUUUGAGCACUGCUUCGCCUUUGGAGAAGUUUCCGUGCUCAAAAACAGGGCUGCUGUUUCUCCUAACUACACUUCACCCGUCGACCUCUCCUUUUCAAAGUCAAUAUUAUAUCUCUUCCACUUGUGCACGAUCCACCAGCCUUUUUCAGUUCUCCAAGCACCAGAUUUCCUCGCCAGCACCAGCAAUUCUUUUGGGGAACUCCUGGUGUACAUAGUCGAUAAACUAAAAGCAAAAGAAAAGAAAAAAGAAAAACUGCUCUCAGACACUUUGACUUCCCCUGCGUAGGUGAAGCAAGCUCGGAUCGGUGUCCAGAAUCUCACGGUUAAAAAGCAAAAAAAAAAGAGUGAUAAAAGAGAGAGAACGAUGUCUGCCUCUCCGUCAAAUAUCCAAUCGACCAAACGUCCCUUGGAAGACCCUUCUUCGCCUUCUGGCCCAAAUGACCAGCCUGAAGCCAAGCGUCCUGCCUUGGACAAAGUAGUAAAGAGCGGGGAAGAAAAGACACCCGAAAUUGAAUCUUUGAAGACUGAUGGUCCCUCAGGAGCCAAUGCAGGAGCCGGUAGUGGCGAUACUGCCGUUCAUGAUGUUCCAAAUGGCAAGGGAGAUGCUGCUGAUACCCAGCCGAUUCAGUCGACUGCAUCUCAUGCCGAGAGGGCAAGCUCUCAGCCCGAACAGCAACGCUCUCCCCAAGAUGAAUCUAGCUGGAUCCAUAUUCGUGCAGUGAUUUCCAGUCCAGAGGCAGCGACUGUCAUUGGGAAAGGAGGCGAGAAUGUAUCACAGAUCCGUCGUUUGUCGGGGGCCAAAUGCACCGUCAGCGAUUAUUCUCGCGGUGCAGUAGAACGUAUCUUGACCGUCAGCGGUCCCCAAGAUGCCGUGGCAAAAGCCUUUGGACUUAUCAUCCGCACCCUGAACGACGAGCCCCUCGAUACCCCCUCUACUGCCCAGUCUAAAACCUAUCCGCUUCGGUUGCUUAUCCCUCACAUCUUGAUUGGCUCAAUCAUUGGCAAGGGUGGUGGCCGCAUUCGGGAGAUCCAGGAAGCGUCUGGCGCCCGCCUGAACGCUUCAGAUGCAUGCCUUCCAUUGUCCACUGAACGAUCUCUCGUAAUUCUAGGGGUAGCUGAUGCCGUGCAUAUCGCAACUUACUACGUCGCAGUUACCCUUGUAGAACAGCUCACGGAACGUUUUGGAGGGCCGGCAGCUUCUGCCUAUGCUACACGUAGCGGUGGACCUGCGGGAGCCGUUCCUGGCGGCAUGCAGGUUGUCCCCUAUGUUCCUCAGCCAGCUGGGGGCCAAUAUGGCCACCCUGAUAACUUCAGAAGACAUCCUCACCCCAAUCGGGCCGCAACGGGAGCUUAUGGCGUUCCCUACCUCCAUGGGCAGCCGGUUCCUACCCCCGUCACACAGCCAGCAGCACUACACUAUGGUCCUACUCCUCACCCUGCCUACGCUGGUGCUGGUCCACACCAGCCUGCUCCAUACGGAGCUCCCCAGGCAGCUCAAGCUCGUGGCACCCCGGCCACUCCUGUCGGCGGAGUUCUUCCUGGUCAACCGCUGACCCAGCAGAUUUAUAUCCCCAAUGACAUGGUUGGCGCCAUUAUCGGAAAGGGUGGUGCCAAGAUCAAUGAGAUCCGACAUCUCAGUGGCAGUGUCAUAAAGAUCAAUGAGCCUCAGGAGAACAGCAACGAGCGCCUUGUUACCAUUACAGGAACCCAAGAGUGCAACCAGAUGGCAUUGUAUAUGCUGUAUUCCAGACUCGAGAGCGAAAAGCACCGUAUCUAGGAGGGGAUGGUUGCUGGAUUAAAAUGGGCCCUUACUUAAUUGUGGGAAUCGUUAUGCGAUGACCUGUAUUCUUUCAGUUUUCGGGCUUUUUUCUUUUUGGGUAUAUGUACAUCCGCGCCGUAUUUUAUUUUACUGAAGAGGCUUCUCUUUUUCUGUGUUUCUAUCGCUUUUCCAAGGUUCUCUUUGUUGAAGUAAAACUUCAAACUAUAGGUGUUCAGAGGCAAUGCGAAACGUAAUUAUAGCAAUAUGUUCCAAUCAUGAAUUUCCGGAGUCGAGUAUGCCCAUUCUAGGUGCGCAAAGUUACCAGGAUAAUGGCUCGUGAAAAAAGAAACGCUCAAACCUUCUGAAAAACAACGUGCCUCAUAUCCGUCUCAUGAAUAGAGGGCAGCAUCCUCUCCCUUACUGGCGUAAUAGCCUGGAUGAACACCUCCUCCUUCUUAGCCUCCAGAUGCACCUCCUUACUCUCCCAGCCAACGGCAAGGAAAGUCAUACGCGCCUUCCCUGAAGGCGAAUGCCUAUGUUCUCUAGAACCCGGUCGCUCAACUUGUCCCGUACUCCACGACUUCGGCUUAAGGAGACCGGGAAGUUUCUCUACCAGUGCGCUUCGGAAGUCGAUGAGAGCAGCGUCAACGGCUGCGUGUUCGUCCGGUGACAUGGCGGCAUCGAAGUUGAGACAGCAGAGCUCUGUGACGGGGUUCUUGGUGAAUGUGUCUGUUGUCGAUGGUGAUGGGCUGAGGGUUGUAACUAUGUGGGUUAUAUGAGUGUUCGGGACAAGAAGGGGAAUUAGGAGGCUUGAGCGACUGCCGCCAUCGUGGGCUGUGUUCCAGUCUAUUUGUUGUGGAGAGUACAUAUAUCUGUCAGUAUGCGUAUGAAGGUAUAGUGGGGUGAGUGUAUGUAUAUAUAUGGAUGGAAAUCAACAAACCAAUAGCCCAGACAAUGACGCUGUCAUCCUCUAGGGUCCGUCCCCAUGCAGAACUCUCAUAGCCGAGCUGGUUCUUCGUUGCCUGCAGGGUCUUUAUGAAUUGCUGUCCUUCUUCAUUGGUGGGGUCUUCUGGUUUAACUGAUGGUUUGAGCUUGAAGUAGACGAAUUCGGUGACAGGGAGUGACAUCUUUAUAUUAUUGUUACAGAAGAAGCUCGUAAACGUAGGGAGGAAUUGCUGGGGAUUAAAGUGUGGGAGAAUAAG